AAAACCAGAAGAGAUAAUGCAGAAAAAUAAGGACAAACAAUAAUAUCAAGUAAAGGGGAAGAAAAUAGUCAGGGAAACUUUCCUACUUUCUGAGAGCUCUUCUUCCUUUAGUAGCUUCUUAGGACUCUUCCUCUUAACACUACCCUUGAGAAGAUUGAAGGAAUUUCGGAAAGGGGCGCGGCGACGGAGCGUGUGGGCGACUGGGUGAUUGAAGGAAUUUCGGUCUAGAAGUAAAGGAGAACCCAACAUCACCGAAUCCCACUUCACUAAACUGCCUCAGAAUGAGCCAUAACAAGACUAGACGCUUCAAAAAUCAUCAUCCUCGUCGCGGACAAUCUACUCGGGGCCAUAAAUUUAUUGGAGAGGAUGAGUGUUUGCCGGUCGACCCAGCCAAUGAAGAGGAGCCAACGCGUCCAAAUAUUCACCUUGCCAUGUGGGAUUUUGGGCAGUGUGAUGCAAAAAGGUGUACAGGACGCAAGCUUGCACGAUUUGGCUUGUUAAAAGAUUUGCGUGUUAACAGUGGGUUUGGAGGCAUUGUCUUAAGUCCAGUGGGGGUGAAUUGUGUCUCCAAAGAAGAUCAUAGUCUUCUUAAACAAAAAGGAUUAGCAGUUGUGGAUUGCUCAUGGGCACGGUUGGGUGAUGUUCCAUUUGUGAAAUUGCGAUGUGCUGCUCCUCGCCUAUUACCUUGGCUAGUAGCAGCAAACCCAGUAAACUAUGGUCGACCAUGUGAGUUAUCUUGCGUGGAAGCAUUAGCCGCCGCUCUAAUCAUAUGUGGGGAAGGGGAAACAGCAGAUCUGUUGCUUGGUAAAUUCAAGUGGGGUCAUGCUUUUCUUUCCGUUAAUAGAGAACUUCUAAAACAAUACUCAGCAUGUGAGAAUAGUGCGGAUAUUAUUUCGGUCCAGAAUGCUUGGUUAUCACAACAACGACAAGUCCCCAAAGAACCGCAUAAUGUCGAAGGUGCAGAUAAGUCAUCCGUGAGCGAACAUGAUGAAGGUUCCGAUGAUUCGGAAGAUGGACUUCCGCCAUUGGAGAAGAAUCUAAAUCACUUGACCUUGCAGCAAGAAAGCGACGAAGAAAGCGAGUAAAAUUCAUACCAUAUACCAUAGAGGCAAAAGUUUAAUGUAGAGACCAUAACAGUUCCCUGUAGUAAAGGAUUCUUCUAUUUUGCUUUGCUUUUAACUUAAUAGAGAAAUAAGUCGAUGGUGUUUUGUAAUUUUGAUAUUAACAUUUGAUUUUUCUUUUUCAUGGGCUCCUUGUGGGUAUGUGUUUGUAGGUUUAAGUUUAUCAUCUUUUUGCCAACA